UCGUUUGUAUACUGAAUUAUUUACCGAAUAGUGAUUGGGCUUGCCUGCAUUAACCAAUACGUCUUGUCCCCUUUACACGGACCUAAAACUUCUGAUGCCUUGAAAGUUUGGGCAAAUGGUUCGGCUACUAUGGGAUCGGAAACCCGGAAGUUAGAGACUAAACACGCAACAUCCUAGAUAAAUUGGCUUGUUUUGUAAGUCGCAUGACAUGAUUGCAGUUACGUAAACACCGCCCCCAGCCGGCUCACAGCUCCGUUUUAAUUCACACGAGAAACAGAAGUCAGCUGACCGCACAACGUUCAAUACAGCCAUGUACUGCCUGCUCAAAUUGGCAUCGCUGUUUGUAGCAAUAGCCUUUUCCCACGGGUGGCUUUUUAGUGAUUCUGGUAAAAAACUAAACGUGCUGGAUGAAGUCUCUCUCUGGCCGCUACCGCAGAAGUUCCAGACAUCCGCCGUGUCUUUUCAACUCAGCGCUAACAGCUUUCAGAUCGUCCACGCUAAAGACUCCACCGCCGGGCCGAGCUGCAGUUUACUCCAGAACGCGUUUCGAAGGUAUUUCGAGUACAUAUUUGGUGAAGUUAGGAAGCAAGACAAAAGCAGAAAGAGAGCUUCCAAUUCAGAUCUCGUUGAGCUUCAGGUGUGGAUCUCAUCAGCUGAUCCACAGUGCGAUGGAUACCCGAGUCUCCAGAGCGACGAGUCAUAUGAGCUGUCAGUUGAUCAACCCUCUGCUGUGUUGAAAGCUCCUAAUGUAUGGGGAGCUUUGCGAGGAUUGGAAACAUUCAGUCAGCUGAUUUAUAAGGAUGACUAUGGAGCUAAUAACAUCAAUAAAACAGUUAUCUCGGAUUUCCCACGGUUUGCCCAUCGAGGGGUUCUCCUGGACACGUCUCGCCACUACCUGCCGCUCAAAGUCAUUUUGGCCAAUUUGGAAGCAAUGGCAAUAAACAAGUUAAAUGUAUUCCACUGGCACAUUGUGGACGAUCCUUCAUUUCCUUUUCUCAGCCGUACCUUCCCGGAGUUAAGUCAGAAGGGAGCGUAUAACCCAUUUACACAUGUGUACACUCCAUCUGAUGUGAAGAUGGUCAUCGAAUUUGCUCGCAUGAGGGGAAUCAGGGUCAUCCCAGAGUUUGACACCCCAGGACACACACAGGCGUGGGGCAAGGGCCAAAAGGAUCUGCUUACACCAUGUUAUUCUGGAUCUACUCCAUCUGGAACAUUUGGGCCGGUGAACCCCAUCUUGAACUCCACGUAUGAGUUCAUGGCCCAGUUUUUUAAAGAGAUCAGUACUGUUUUCCCAGAUGCCUACGUUCACCUGGGGGGAGAUGAGGUUGACUUCAGUUGCUGGAAGUCCAAUCCUGAUAUUCAAAGGUUUAUGGAGCAGCAUUCUUUUGGCACAGACUACCGCAAACUGGAGUCCUUCUACAUUCAGAGGUUACUUGACAUUGUGACAACUACCAAGAAAGGUUACAUGGUGUGGCAGGAAGUGUUUGAUAAUGGGGUCAAGCUCGAAGCGGACACACAGAUCCAUGUGUGGAAAGAAAGGCCGCAGUACCAGGAUGAAAUGGCACGAGUAACAGCAGCUGGUUUCAAUGCUCUGCUCUCCGCACCCUGGUACCUCAACAGAAUCAGCUACGGCCAGGACUGGAUGAACAUUUACAAAGCCGACCCCCAAAAUUUCACGGGCACAGAUGAGCAGAAGAAGCUGGUGAUUGGUGGAGAGGCUUGUCUCUGGGGAGAGUAUGUGGAUGCCACCAACCUCACUCCCAGACUCUGGCCCAGAGCCAGUGCUGUUGCAGAGAGACUGUGGAGUGAUGAGAAAGUGACAGACCUCAAUAAUGCCUAUGAACGACUGGCACAGCAUCGCUGCCGCAUGGUCAAGAGAGGUAUACCUGCAGAACCGCUGUUUGUUGGCCACUGUCGUCAUGAGUACAACAGCCCAUGAAUCAUUGAAUUGAAGUUUACACUAAAAAAAUGAAAGGGAAAUAACAGGAAAACACUUUACAUUAUCCAAAUCAUUGAAACCAUUCCAAUUAUCAUGGUUUAUAAUGAAAUGCACUGAGCUAGGUAUUCAAACCAAAUACUUGAAUACUUCCAUUUUUUUCUUUAUGAUUGAAUUUUAUUAAAAGACAAUGUUUGAAGCCUCUGUGAAGAAUUUUUUGGGAAUAAGGAAUCUUUUGUAAUAGGUGCUUUUAUUAGUAAUUAGUUCCCAGGCUGGGUUUUAUGCACAAAAUAAAUAUAAAUAAAUAAAAGGUUUAUUGUA